AGGAGGUACGACACGCGGUUAAGCUCACGUGGCUGCUAUUUCUUGAUUGAAGGCAAGAAAGACAAAGAAGUCGUUAAAAAUGCAUUCCAAUGACGACAUUCAACUGGUGGCAAGUAAGCGCCAUAAAGAGACAAGUUUAGAGCAUAAAACUCAGUGAAUUUGUUGCUGGCUAGUAGCUAGAGUUUUACAAGUAGAGAUUAGAUUUGUUGUAAGAACCAAGGCUCAGAUGUUUGCAGUGAUCCUAUCCUGAAUGCAGGCACAGAAUACUUAUUGAAUACUCUAAAACAGAAUUACACUAAAAACAAUAAUAUCUCAAAAUCUAAGUGGUGGUUGAAACUGGUUGAAAAGCUAUUUCACAUCAGUAUAAGCCCAGCAAUCAACAAUCCUGAUCUUAGAAACGUCAAGUGUAUUUUUUGAAAGAUACACGCCAAACCAAAUCCACUAUCAAACUGGUCAUGUGACCGUGUCGUACGUACCUCCUCUGGGUUAAAAGAUUAACAUUUGCCAACUGCCAACUACCAACUGGAGUAGCACUCAGGGCCACCGUACGAGGCUGAUCUGCAGCUCAGCUAGCGCUAUCGGGAGUACAUGCACCAUGGACCCAAGUCAACAAGACUCUGAGCUACAAAGUUCUGCGCUGCACGUACGUAUAUUCUUCAAUGCUCAAAAGAAGCUAGCCAAGGACUUAUCUGAGGCUGUAGUCAACUAUGAUGUCAUUAAAGUGAGAUCUUUGUUGGGAAAGGGGGCGGAUCCUAACCACCAGCUCUACUGGAGUGACGAGUGGGCGGAGCUGCCUCCAUUACACUUUGCUUGUCAGAAGGGCAACCUUGAGAUUGUGAAGAUACUUGCUACCCAUGGAGCUCAUAUUGAUAAAGGUGAUGGGAAGCUGAACAGAGUUCCACUGCACUAUGCAUCCAGGAGGGUUGAGGUGGUGAAAUACCUGAUCCAAGAGCUCAAAUGUAGCACUGACAUGAGGGAUAAGGAUAACAUGACUCCUCUUCAACGGGCUUGUAUGUGGGGAAAGAAAGACGUGGUACAGUAUCUGGUGGAGGAGAGGAAGAUGGAUGUUGAUGUGAGGGAUAAUCAGGGACAGUCACCACUGGACAAUGUUCUGGAGGGUCUUGAUGAUUCGUAUCUUGAAGGCUGUGUGGAUGUUGCCCUCUACCUGAUGAGCCGUGGCUGUGCAUGUGGUGACGAGGACAAAGCCAGGUUACUGUGUGUAGCAUGUGACUUUGGCAAGCUGGGUGUCGUGAAGGAACUUGUUGAGCAAUACAAAGUUGACCCCAACAGUGUAACUGACGAUUAUGGCGAGACUCCUCUUGACCUUGCUACACAGGAGGGUCACACUGAAAUUGCUGACUACCUCAAGUCUCUACCACAACAAUCUGCUGUGACUGGAGACACUGACUCCAGGAGUGACGAGAAUGGACCACCACCUACAAAGAAACAAAAAAGUGCCCAGCAAGUGACUCUGAGAGUGUGUCCUAACUGUGAGAAGAGCUGUCACAUCCGCUGCAAGAAAUGUCCCGAAUGUGAGCACGAGUUCCCUCCUUCCAGUAAGAGCAGGGCCAAACCCGACCAGGAUAUUGUGAAAAACCCUUCAAACCUACUGCAGAUACUACAGAAAAAGGUGGACCAACUGUCUCUGUUAGGAUUUGACAUUGUCGUACUAGUGCACAGAGAUUCAAGCAAAUCACAUGACUCCUCUUCCACGUCACAUGACACGCCCAGUCGCUCACGCCACACCUACAGGAAGUUUGUCACCUCCGGACUGGCCGAGAGCUUUGUUGAAUCUCCUCUGGUGUACGGCAGUUGGAAAGAUUUCUGUAGUUCUGACAAGACCUCAACUGGACACGCUCAGAAAUCCAAGAACCCACGAAAGAAAAAAGGAGUACAAACGAAUACUACUACUACCACUCAGGAGGGGGACAGAUCACAUGAUACGAGUGGAGUGUCACAUGAUCAAGACAAUGUAUCUCAAGACAGCAAUGGUGCCAAUACUCAAUCACAAGCAGCACAAAGCUCUACUGCUCCACUCUCUGUUAGUGACUUGACACCACUCUGGAAUACAAUAUCUUCUCUCCGUCAGCAAAUCGAUUCCAUGCAGUCCAGUCUAAAUGCCCCUCCCACUCACGCGUACCCUCAACACAUGUACCCCCCAGCUACUGGUUUAAUGAACACAGGGCAAUCAACCUUUGUACCCGUGCCGGGGGGUGGUCUAUUCAAUACACCACUCCCCAACCAUUUCACUGGACCUUCUUCACACAACUCAAUGCUGGGACAGUCAUCACGAUUUAAUGUGAAUCCCAUGUCCUUCCCAAUGUUUCCAUUUUCACCUGCUCCAGCAAAUUAUCGUUUCCCUUCAUCGAUUACACCGUUAGAGUCGUCUAGGCAACCAAUGAACUCUGACCCAAACACUGACUCAAUAGAUCCGUGAACACUUUGCAAUAGAAUUUGAAGUUAUAAUUAAAGUCAUGUUGUAAAAAAUAAUUAGUAAUUAUUUGUUCUGUACGUACUACGUCAUGUACUUUCAAAGCAAAUCAAAUUAAAUUAUCAUAAAUAGAAA